AUGAGCGGGAUUGACACCGGUGGCUUUGACACGGACGACACCCUCCUGCCGUCCGAAGCAGACUUUGUGUACUCCGCCCAGCUGCCGGCCGAUCAGCCGCUGCAGACCGAAUACAUGUACGAGGCCCAAAUGGCCCGCGAGCCACCGGCCACCCUGCCGCUUGGCACCGAGUUCAAGCUGCAGAGCAUGGGCCGGGCGUCGAGCGGCUCGUCGCCGCGUGCCACACUCGCCCCGUACCACUCGUCCGACUCGGACUCGGACUCGGGAUUUAACUCCCCGCCGACUGAUGACGACUCGUGGUCGGCCGACGGCGCCGGCGGAAGCUCCGGCGACGGUGCCGAUGUCGCGCCCGGCGACGUCGAUCUCUCGUACCGUGCCCUCGGUGGCCAGCUCGACGUCGUCACCGGUCGCGCUACCGACGCGAUUGAGGCCACCAGGCUGUUUGGGGCCUUUCUCGGCCAGUACGGCGCCCUUGAGGAGGCCUACGCCCGCGGCAUGGCCGAGCUCACAGACCGUGCCGCUGCUGCUGUCCAGCGCCUCAAAGGUGAGACGCUGCUCGGCAACUCGUCGCUCCUUGUCGCAUGGGAUGGCCUGCUCGGCGUCAUGAGCAAGAAGGCCAGUGCCACCGCCGCGUUUACCGCUCAGCUCGAGUCCUCGUGCAAGGCUGUUGCUAAGCUCGUCGACACCCUCCGCACUAAGCACGCCGCCAUCGUCAGCGAGCUCCACUCCCACCGCAAGGAGGCCAAGCUGCUGGCCAAGGACGUCGCCGCCGCCGAAAAGGCCUACACUGCCGCCCUCUCCAAGGCCAAGGCCGCCGAGCUCGCCGCAGGACCUGACGCGGCCCCGGUCGCCGCCUCCAACCCCAAGCUUGCCACAAAAGUCAAGCGUGCCGAGGACAAGUACGAGUCGGCUGUCCGCUGGUCGCAGGGCUACGCCCACGUCUACGCCUCGGAGCAUCUGCCCAACGUCCUCGCCAAGUUUGAGGCGGCCGAUGUCCACAGGACCUCGGCCCUGCAGUCGGUCCUCGUCUCGCUUGUUGCCGUCCUCAAGGCUACCCCUGACGAGACCUACCACGAGGAGACAUCGCGCCUCGCCUGCCGCGUCGCAGUCAUCGAUCCCAUCGCAGACGUCGAAACUUUUGUCGUCCGCACCCUCUCUGCACGCGCACGCCGCGCCCGCCGCGACGCUGAACGCAGCAACUCGUCUACGCCUGCGUGAUCGCCACAACCACCCCAGCCACCACGCCCCACACCACCACCGCCGGCAGCCAGACCUUGGCCCGCGCCCCGCACGACACGUACUGCCCGUGGCGCAUGAGCCCGGCCCACGCCGAGACCAUGCCCCAUGACCGUCCGCCGUACUCCAUAUCCGUCAGCGCCUCAGCCACGUGCGAGUGGCAGUUCUGCGUCACAAGAUGGUGCUUCUUCUCGCCAAAUACCGCAUCGGCCUCGGCAAUCGCCCCGUCGUACGCCUCGCUGUAUCGCCCCCCCUCGCCUCCCAUCUUCUCGCUCUUCAGCACCCACUCCAUCAGCGGCUCGCCGAACGAGAGCCGCCCUACAUUGACAUAGAAGUUGCCAGCAAAGUCUUGAAGCACCCCAUUCCG